AAAUAGAAGGGUACCUUGGGCCAGUACAUUAGCCCAGCAGUACAAUAAGCCGAAAGAAAAUGUCCAACUAAAUUUAACUCUGUUGAUAUAAAAUAGCAACCCAGCUCAAAAUUCGCGCAUCCGUUCUCUGGAAACAUUGUUCGAUUUUUAUGUUCAUUCUCCAAUUCCUCAAUUUUGGAUCUCUCAGGAUCGUUUCCUCUUUUCAUUUAUGGCUUCCUAUGUUUAUCUUACCGUUUUUGCAGUUCUCACAGCUGCAGGUCCAUUCUCCUACUGUUUUGCGGAGAGCCGGAAGGAGUUGAGGGGUAAGGAGGUCAAUCAGGAAACUAUCGCUCUACUGGGAAGCUCAAUUGGAACCAACCGAGUUAACCUAUUGCAAGUUGUUCAACUCUCCUGGCGACCAAGGGUGUUCUUGUAUAAAGGCUUUCUGACGGAUGAGGAAUGUGAUCAUGUCAUUUCUCUGGCGCAAGGUACAAAAGAACCAUCUGUAGGAAAGGGUGAUGAUUCAGCCAAAAUUGUGGAGAAUGGGCUACAAGAAAGUAGAGAAUUUCUUUCAAACAUGGAUGAUAAUAUACUUGCAAUGAUUGAAGAGAGACUUUCAGCAUGGACUUUCCUUCCCAGAGAGAAUGGGAAGCCCUUACGGGUCAUGCAUUAUGGGGUUGAAGAGACCAAACAGAAGCUAGAUUAUUUUGGCAACAAAACAUUGAUUUCGAAUGAGCCUUUGAUGGCAACCCUAGUUUUAUAUCUCUCAAAUGUCGGUCAGGGUGGGGAGAUUCUCUUUCCCAAGUCAGAGGGCAAAAUUUGGUCUGAUUGUAAAAAGGGUAGCAACUUACUAAAACCAGUUAAAGGGAACGCAAUUCUGUUUUUCAAUGUGCACCUUAAUGCUUCUCCUGACACAAGUAGCAGCCAUGCUCGAUGUCCUGUCCUUGAAGGGGAAAUGUGGUGUGCCACCAAAUACUUCAUCGUACGAGCCAGUGAUAGAGGAAAAGUCCUGUCUGAAUCGGAUGGCAGCGACUGUAAUGAUGAGGAUGACAGUUGUCCCAGGUGGGCUGCUCUUGGGGAAUGCCAAAGGAACCCAGUCUACAUGACGGGUUCUCCUGAUUACUAUGGGACAUGUAGAAAGAGCUGUAAUGCAUGUUGAAGGGAAAUUCUGCAUACAUUUUCUUCAUAAUUCAGAGCAAAUUGAUUUUAUUUUA